AUGGUAACUUUCCAAAGGCUCAACAAACGUGGAGAUCAAAAGAAAACAUAUAGAUUCUAUAGAUUCUACGAAGAUUCGCAAACUAUAGAAAUAGCGUCUGCUGAUGAGUGCUUGUCAUCUGUAGACAAGGAAUCUUUUCACCUCGAAUCUACCUUUAAGCGGUUGGUCGAAGUUGGUCGAGUUGUCUUUAUCAACUAUGGCGAGCAUAAGGGAAAGCUUGCUGUUAUCGUGGAUAUAGUAGACCACAAUAGGGCUCUCAUCGAUGGUCCGUUAGAUGAUGUGCCUCGACAGUCUUUAGCAUUUAGACGUUUGGUAUUGACCGAUAUUGUGAUCCCAAAACUACCAAGAGGAGCCGGUUCGGCAGUCAUUAAGAAACUCAGUGAGAAGGAAGAUCUUCAUGGCAAAUGGCAGAGCACUGCAUGGGCUAAUAAACUAAAGAUUCGUGCAAGAAGAGCUGCUCUGACUGAUUUCGAACGAUUUAAGUUAAUGAAAUUGAAAAAGCAGGCAAGUAUGGAAAGAGACCGAUGGUUACGACAUAUGAUGGUAGCAGUUACGCGACGUUAUUUACUACAAAAGGAAGUUGCUAAAUUGAAAAAGAAAUAA